CUGCGAGCAGUUGGCAGCACUGUCAGGAGGCUUGUUGUUGUUUCUGGUGGUGUGGUGGUGGUUGUGUUGCGUUCCUUCAGUGUUCCUUUACAUGUGUUGCCUCUAGUAUCUGCAAUUUGUUUUCGUCUUCAUAUUUUCGUAUCGAUUGAACGGAUUGGCAGCAACAAUGGAUGUGCGCUAUAAUAAUCUGGUCUGGGAGCCUGUGAUUGCAGUAGAGUGUGUAGUGCCUUGGGAGAUUUUGAGCAAUCUGCCCCCUAGGGAGGACCGUGCGGACUUCUGCAGCCCAUACCCGGUGCGCUGCAAUGCUGAAUUAUUAUUUAAUAUUCAUUUGCACCAUAAAAAAACAAGGAUAAUCGAAGGUGUGUUACGUCAGCCUAGUAGUGGUCAUAGAUCUCGGGAACUGCUUGUCAAGUCAAGAGUGUCAUGGACUUCGCCGUCGCCGAAGAGAGAAGAUGACCAUUAUAUGACGCUCCUUAUUCCGGACAAGUCACAAAUGGAUACAAAAGACACCCUGAAGAUAAUGGAUUUCUGUUAUUUCAACUUGAAGCAGCCUUCCUUCACAUUGAAACUAUGGGUGUAUGCUGCACCCAGAGUCCUUCGAGGGGUCUCUAUUACUGAAAGUUUGAAUGUAGCUCGACGCUCAGGCUCUCCUCUCUGCGACAUUCAGCUUCGAGUUGGUGACCAUGACUUCCCUGCUCACAAGGCUGUUUUGAGUGCAACCAGCUGUGUGUUCAAAGCCAUGUUCUGUGGAGACUUCAAAGAAAAAUAUGCUGAAACUGUUGUCAUUGAAGAUGUAUCCAAAGAGGCUUUUGGGAAAUUUUUAGAUUUCCUCUACUUGCAAGAUAUUUGUUGGAAAGGAAGCGAGCUUGAGUUAUUAGGUCUUUCUGAGCGAUACCAGGUGGAGCAACUCAAGGCACGCUGCGAGAUGUGCCUGUGGGAGCUGGACGGUCUUCGCGCCCUCGGCAUUCUAAUAGAGGCCGACAAGUGGCCCGUCGUCACCGACACCAUGAAAAAGCGACUGUGUGAAAUCGUGAUGGCCAAUUUGGGGUCCGUGGUGAAGUCGAACGAGUGGCAGACGCUGCAGUCAAGCAGCCCAGUGCUGGCAAGUCUAGUCGAGGCCGGCGCCAGUCGCUUUGCCAUCGCGUCCUCUGUCAAUGUCAAGGUCUUCCACGAGCUGGCGCGUUGGUGAUUGUUUAAUUGUUUUCGUUUGCUUUGUGAACAACUUUUUUGAUUUUUAUAAUCUUUUCAACAGAAGCAUAUUUGUCUGACUUU